AUGCUGCUACUCAGUUCUGACAUUGUUCCUUUGUUGCUGUGUGAAGGGAGUCUGUGGAGACCUAACACUACGUUGGAGCGGUCUACUGGACCACAAGGCAGAACCACGCUCACUGUUGGGUUCAGUACAGACCAGCACUCACACAACUACAGAGUCUCACUACUGUGCUCCAACAACAGACAAUGGCAGGACACAGACAUGACCAACCAAACGUUGCUGAAUGUAGAGUUUGACCUGGAGAAGUGGCCCCGGACCUGCUGCCAUUUUGAUGUGGAGAUCCAGCCGUUUUUUAGCAGUUGCAACAACGACUGUGUACGAAGAAGGAAAACGUUUAACAUAUGUGGGACCCCUCCAACUGUGUUACCUGGAGAUUCUGCAUCUCCUAAAAUCUACACAGCCGUAGCAGCCGUGGUGUUGCUGCUGGUCGCUGGACUGGUCUGUUGUCUCGUCUAUCAACUACGGAGACGGAGAAAGAAAGUCCCACCAGGCCCCUAUCCCCCAGCUGUAGAGCCAGAGGCCCAGACUCCUCAUCUCUCCAGGGUUCCUCCCAGGGUGUUGGUGACCUACUCUCAGGACCAUCCUCUCUACAGGAAUAUAGUCCUGAAGCUCUGUGCCUUCCUCCAGGCCAAGUGUGGAACUGAGGUGGUGUUGGACCUUCUAGACACAGCCUGGCUGGGCACUGUGGGGAGACUACCCUGGCUGGAGUGGCAGAGACAACAGAUCAACAAAUCAUCAGACAAGAUCCUGGUCCUCUGUUCUCGUGGCGUCCAUGCCAAGUGGAGGGCGAUGUGUGGCCAGAGUCGUGUGACGUUAAGAGAGGACCUCCGGUCGCCCAUCGACGACAUGCUGACCCCGGCCCUCAACCUCUUCCUGCCCGACAUGCAGCAGGCCGCCGGGCUGGGGAAAUACAUGGUGGCCUACUUUGACGAUGUCGGCAGCGAGCGUGACGUGCCGUCUGUCUUCGACAUCGCUGUGAAGUACAAGCUGAUGAAACACUUUGAGGAGCUCUGCUUUAGGAUCCUGGACCAGGAGAAGUACGCACCAGGACAGGUCAGCCACAUCGAGGGGAUCGGAGUGGAAGAGUACUUCACAUGUCCAUCGGGGAGGGAUCUGCGUGACGCCAUCGAAGCCUUACAGGUGUUCCAGCUAGAAAACCCAGACUGGUUUGAACAGGAGUGUGUUGACAUCAACGCAGAGGAGGAAGUGGUCGCAGGAACAGAGUAUGAUGCUCUACUGGAACAGCCGGUCGCUCCUGUUCUAGAGUUUGUUCCAGAAUACAGGAAGGGGCCUCCUGUUCUAGAGUUUGUUCCAGAAUACAGCAAGGGGCCUCCUGUUCUAGAGUUUGUUCCAGAAUACAGCAAGGGGCCUCCUGUUCUAGAGUUUGUUCCAGAAUACAGCAAGGGGCCUCCUGUUCUAGAGUUUGUUCCAGAAUACAGGAAGGGGCCUCCUGUUCUAGAGUUUGUUCCAGAAUACAGGAAGGGGCCUCCUGUUCUACAGUUUGUUCCAGAAUACAGGAAGGGGCCUCCUGUUCUACAGUGUGUUCCAGAAUACAAGAAGGGGCCUCCUGUUCUACAGUGUGUUCCAGAAUACAGGAAGGGGCCUCCAAUCCCCAGCUAUGAUGUAGAGAUCAAUGAAAAUUGCCAGGGAUUCCAGGUCUUGACUCCUGAAGUGAAACUGGAAGGUAAUGGGACGUCUGUGCUGGAGCUUCUUCCAUGGGUCAGCUCUGACAGCCACCAGGUGUACCCGUCAUACCCGGUCGUUGAGGCCCCACCUGGGGUACUUAUCUCUGAUCUGCACCCGCAUGACCUGGAGAGUCAACCCUGGGGGUUGUCAGAUCUUCUCCUGAGUGAGCCACCCUCGGCCAGAGAGAACUGUCUCCACCUACAGGAGAGGUGGGGAACAGCAGACCGCUGCCCUCUAGAGAACGAGGAAGAGGAGGAGGCAUACGGUCCUUCUCGCCAACCCUCUGCUGACACCCUGGAACAACUCAUGUCUCUCCAGCUGUCACUUUGUGGUCUCAGUGCUAUCCCAAAAAUCACCUCUGUGUCCACAGAGCACGGCUACCUAUCACAACAGCAUGGAGAGAUGGACCUAUCACUUCCUGUCAAGAUGGGCCAAUCACAACUGUCCUUCAGCUCCAUCCAGGUUACCCCACCUGUACCAAUGGAUAGUGAGAUUCAGUACCUCCCUCCCCUGCCAGAGAUAACCCACUCCCAGCCGGUAGAGAUGGAGGAGGGUGUGGAGGUGAUGAAUCCUGUUGCCCAGGAGAAGAGACCCGUCAGUGGGUCAGACCUGGGCUAUAUCUCCAGGAGCUCCUUCCAGCAGGACUCUUCUGUACUCUACCCUGUAGGAGAGGCCAGCGACAAUACACUGGUGGCACUGGCCAGGUUACAACAGGCUCUCUACCUAAACAAUUAAAUACUCUGGCUUCUGCAAUAAAAUGCAGAGAGAACGUUCUAGAAAACGGGUGUUCAUCAUAUACUCUGGAUCAUAAACACUUUAGUUGUUCAGCAUU